AACGGCAAGGAGCACCGAACGGACAAUUAUCGAAGCUUCGUCUCCACAAUGGUAUCGGUCCCUAAAGAUGAUCCAAUGUGAUUGGUGUUUAAACUCAUCUACAAUCACGACCAGCAAUGUACUGGCCACAUGGAGUACCUAGAAUCUAUGCGGUCAAUGGCCCGGGCAUUGAAUUGCCGGAAGUGGAUGGCGGCGCAGCUCAAGAUGAGAAUACCACGGACGGCCCUCCCGAGGAGCAGCUAAGAACGGGGGAGCAAGGGGAGCGGGCAGCCGAUGCUGAGCAGGGAGGAUGGGCGAACGGACCCAUAACGGGUUUAUGUGUCUCCAAGAACGGCCUUUAUUUUGCGACAAUGUCCCAGUCCUCCCUUGCGAUCUGGCAGACCAAGCCCACUGCAGUCAUCGCUGCAGUGAAACGCUCGUCACGCUCUCUGAAAAACUACGGCCCAAAUGUGUCCCUCCUGCUACGACCAGAUGCUGCCAUUGUUGUCGUUCAGACUCUUAACGGAUACCUCAUCACGUAUUCCAUCGCGGUCUCCUCGAAUUCCCAUGCCUACCAGCAUCGUUUUAUGCAUACCCAGCCAAGGCGUCACCAACAGGUCUCAGCAGACGAUGCACAGGGCAUUCGGGAGGCGAGCAUCCGGUUUAGAGUAGUCAUCAAGGUCGACGCUGGAAUAAGCAAGGCACUUGCUCUCGAUAAUGAGCUGAUGGUGGCUACUGUGAAACCUGCAGCAAUCCAGUCCAUCCGGUGGACUCCGGAUAAAAAUGGACAUCAGACCACAACCGAGCUGUUGCACCGCAUCCCAUGGCUUUCCAAGAAGACCGCCGUUGUGGAUAUGGUAUAUGACCGUGCAAUGAAUUUGCUAUUAUGGAUUACGAGUGAGGGACAAGCCUACGCUGUGCAGCAUAGCGUCGAAGAAUCUCAGGAUGGCAAUCCGCCCAAAUCCAUCUUCAAGGGUCACAGGUUUCACACCCCGGAGAAUGACGGCCAGAAGGCGGUACAAGUUGCUGUAAAUGCGAGAUUCUCUCUUCUUGCAGUUAGCUGUGUUAAUGGCGACAUUCUUAUAUAUUUAGCCCGAGACUACAUGGGAAACAUCCCUCUGUCCCACAAACUUGCUCUUCCUGCAUCUGCGGCUUCCUUGGGUGCCAUAUCUUUCAUGGGCUAUUCUCCUGAUGGCUAUUGCUUAUUUGCAGGAUAUAUGCACGGCUGGACAACAUGGAGUGUGUUCGGAAAACCGGGAGGUAACAGCUUUGCUGCAGAUUCCUCACUGGCUUUGAGAAACGGUGAAGCAUGGUUGGCCGGUGUCUCCAUGGGUGCAUGGAUAGGUUAUGGAUCGGAUAUUCUUUUAACGUCCAACAAUGACAGACGAUUGUGGAUCCUUGAGUUCGCAAGGAGUGCUUUGACUGGAUGCUUUUCAUCUGCAAACCUUGCCCGUGGGCUAUUACAAACUGGCACCGAGAUAAUUCUAUAUCGUGGCCAUGAUUUGCCGGACUUGACUACUAUAUCGGGGAAAGAUUCGCUAUGGCACCAUGCGCAGUAUCCUCCACGCUACGUUCAUUCACAAUGGCCAAUUCGAUCGUCUUGUGUGUCCCAAGAUGGAAGAUACGUGGCCAUUGCCGGGAGGCGGGGCCUUGCGCACUACAGUGUCCAAAGCAAUAGAUGGAAAAUUUUUGACGAUCCAAGACAGGAAGAUUCCUUUGCUGUCCAAGGUGGCAUGUGCUGGUAUGGCCAUAUCUUGAUUGCUGCAGUCGAAUGCAAUGCUGCAUAUGAGCUCCGAAUGUACUCUCGUGAGCUUUCACUAAACGGCUCUUCUGUUCUGUAUAUCGAAGCCCUCCCGUCACCGGCGGUGUUCAUCGGUCCUUCUGGCGAGGACUCUUUGCUAGUUUACACCUACGAGAACAUUCUUUAUCACUACGUUAUAAAUACGACAGGGACGAGAAUUAGCCUUGUUCAGGUCGGCCAAAUAGCUUUUCAUGGAAUUGUUCGGGCGCCUACCCGUGUGCGUGCUAUUAGCUGGGUUUUACCUGAGGAUCAGCUCCGAAAUGGAGAUCCUUCGCAAGAUGUUGCCGUGGCUUCAGUUCUUUUCCUGGUAGACGGGAAACUGGUUUUGCUACAGCCAACCGUCUCUGAAGGAGAGUUGAAAUAUGAUAUGCGUAUUGUAGUACAUGAUGUCGAAUAUUACAUAUUGAUGCGGGAUCAACUUUCUUUCAAUUUUGCACCACCAGGAGAUGAAUCGUUACCGCCAAGUCCUUCAGCAGUUUCCGCUUUGAAUAGUAUCCAGUCUGAUAUCUCUUUGCGAGAUUCAUUGUGGGUGUUUGGUGGCAAGGAUUUACUUGUUUGGACCGACGUCCAGGAUGUGAUCCGACCGAAAGGGCCAUCCAGCGAAAUCUCGAAGCCGCUCCCAAUUCCUAUUGAUUUUUAUCCAUUAUCAAUUCUUCUUAAUAAAGGCAUUAUUCUCGGAAUUGAGCCCGAGAUUACCCAACGGCGAGACGUUACAUUUACUUUGCAUCGAUUUGCGAUCCGAAGCCAAUUAUUUUUGCCAUAUAUCCUUCAAUAUAACCUGUCUCAGUUUGAUACCCCUUCAGCCUUUUCUAUCUGUCACCAUUUCUCUCACCUAUCAUAUUUCCCCCACGCCUUAGAGAUACUCUUACACCAUGUACUAGAUGAAGAAGUUGAUAAUCCACGCGGCAACGAUCCGUCACAAGGGGCCCUGUUGCUUCCUGCCGUCCUAUCGUUCUUACAGGCUGGGAACCCUCCAGAAUUAUAUCUGGACAUUCUCGUCCAAUGUAUCCGGAAAACGGAGCUACGUUCAUGGCGGACACUGUUCGCCCAUCUGCCUCCGCCGAGUGAACUAUUCGAACAAGCGCUAAAAUUUAACUCUCUCAAGACAGCUGGGGGUUAUUUACUCGUGCUACAAGCGUUUGAUGACUCCGAAGAUGAAAACAACGACGAGAAGACCGAAGAAUCAGCAAUUCGAUUGUUGCGGCUAGCUUCACAUAAGGGAGACUGGGAGUUGUGCGGUGAACUUGCUCGCUUCCUGAUGGCUCUAGAUAGCUCAGGAAAUAUGCUUAGACGUGCUGUCGUCAAGGUUGGAUUGCGUGGGGAUCAGCUUUCACUGCCGAGAGUGAACGCCAAUGGCGUACCAACCCAGGAGCUGAAAGGAUUAAAUUUAAAUAUAGCAUCACCGGGAUCUAGCCCGCUGUCCCCGAAUGAUAGCGGGAGUGGCCCAUAAGCAAUGUCUGAUAUUGUUCACGUUGGAAUCCAAUGCUGGACAAGUAGAUGGUUUGCGGACAAAUUCAACCUAAUGGCAGAAUUUAUAACUUCCUCACGAAAAUACUCGAUGAUGACUUUUCGCUAGUAAAUAGUCUUUUCUCCCUAUGACUCCCCUCGUACCCCGGCUUCGAGGUAUCUCAACACUUUCCGCGCGUCUUCUAGUUCGCGCACACGUUUGAUAAUGUCAUUAUACCGCAGUUCAGGCUCACAUUAAUCAUAAGUGCAUGCUAUGGGUGUGUAAACGUCGAGUAAACCCCAUACGCCAAAACCAGCAUAACUUCGAGGGAAAAACAACUUAGAACAGGAAAAGAGAGUAGUGAGGCCCGGAAGCAGAAUGAAGAAAAAUCAAAAAAAAAGACGAUCCUUCAAUCAAACUGCAAAUUCCACAAGCCAUCACCAAGAUAAUGGCCCUCAUCCAUCACCACCCCCUUCGCCUUCUUCUUCAUCUCCUCCGUACCCAUCUUCAACUCCCCCACAAGACAGAUCUCCUCCUUCCCCUCCGCCGUGACCGCAACGACCUGCCCUGCCUCCAGCUCUUUGUCACCAGGGUUAUUCGCGGGAUCGGGCAAUCUCCCGCCAGCAGAUGUGAGGCCGGGAGCCAUCAGAGUGGCGCCGGAGAGGACGAAGCGGAUCGCGCCUCUGUCGAUUCCGAUAGUCGGCAGGGCGUUUGGAAAGGCGUGGAGGACACGGAGGUGAGGGAUCAGGGGGCUGUCGAGGGAUUGGAAGAAGAUUGGGUGUGAGUCGCUGAGGUACAGGGUGACUCGAUCGGGUCUAAGAGGUCAAGUUCAAAACAGUUAACCAUUGAUGAAAGUUGUAUAUCAAGAAGGGGAAACCGGAGACAAGCAGGUUAGUUAGGAGAAAGAGGGAGGGAGGGUGUGUAUACAGUUUCACGGCUUCUAACGGCGCCUUUUUUGGCAUCACUUCAUCGAUGUAUGGUUCGAAACCGGGAUAGGUUUCAAGGAACUUGUUUCGGAGAGAUCGUUGCACGGACGACUUGACUUUGGAGCGCGCCCCGGGGGAUAUACUACAAUUGUCGGGUUAGCAUACGGAUUUAGAUGUGUGACUUCUACCAAGGACGAUAUAUAUAUGAAUAUUUCGUGUUUAAAAUCCCAUAAGAUAUUG